CAGAGGAGCGUGGUUCGUGGAGAUGGCCUGGGCGCAGCGGAGGCCGAGGAUGGAGGCCGCCAGAGAGCGUAGGGGACGCCGGAGGGGUGGAGGGAGCAGGGCGCGGCCUCGCCAGGAGCCCGCGGGAGGCCUGGGCCAGGAGGAUCCAUCCACCGCGCCAGGGCGCAGGCUUCUCUCGGAGCCCGCGGCGGCCGCGCCUCCCAACAUGUCCGUGACCACACAGGCCUUCGUCACGCUGGCCACCAACGAUAUGUACUGCCAGGGGGCCCUGGUGUUGGGACUGUCCUUGAGGAAUCACAAGACGUCAAGGAAGCUGGUGGUGUUGAUCACCCCUGAGGUGUCUAGCCUGCUCAGGGAUGUCCUCUCACGGGUGUUCGAUGAGGUCGUUGAAGUCAAUCUGAUGGACAGCGAAGACUACAUCCACCUGGCCUUUCUGAGGAGACCUGAGCUGGGGGUCACCCUCACCAAGCUCCACUGCUGGACCCUCACUCGCUACAGCAAGUGCGUCUUCUUGGAUGCCGACACCCUGGUUCUGCACAACAUCGACGAGCUGUUUGACAGGGAAGAACUCUCCGCAGCCCCGGAUCCGGGAUGGCCCGACUGCUUCAAUAGCGGGGUGUUUGUCUUCCAGCCUUCCCUGGAGACCCACCAGCUCCUGCUGCAGCAUGCCACGGAGCACGGCAGCUUUGACGGCGCAGAUCAAGGCUUGCUGAACAGUUUCUUCAGGGACUGGCCGACGGCGGACAUCCAUAAGCACUUGCCGUUCAUCUACAACCUGACCAGCAACGCAGCCUACACCUACAGUCCAGCCUUCCAACAGUUCGGCUCCAGCGCGAAGGUGGUGCACUUUCUGGGGUCCACUAAGCCCUGGAACUGCACGUACGACCCGCAGACUGGCUCCGUCUCGGAGCAGGGCGCGGGGUCCGGCCCCCGGCAGCACGUGACCUUCCUGAAUCUCUGGUGGAGGCUGUUCCAGGAGGGCGCGCGGCCUCUGUACCCAACGGCCCGUGCGCAGGAGAGGCAGGGACCAGCGGGGCUCCGCGUUUGCUCAGAUGGUCUCGAGGUGCCGUGUGCAAAUUCAGCCCCCAGUGCUGCAGAGCCGUGUGCAAACUCAGCUGCCCCUUCUGAGGUGCCGUGUGCAAAUUCUGCACCAGGAUCGGGCGCCCUGCGGUCUGCUCUGGAGAACACGUCCACCACCACGGUGGCUGAGACCCCGACGUGCCCUGAAGGAGGUGAAGAUGUCCAUGUGGCCGCCUCGGUCUCCAAGAUGUCCAUCCAGGAGAAGCCCAAGGAGCCCAGCCCCGAGGAGGAGAGGAAGAAGUGGGAGGAAGGUCGCAUCGACUACAUGGGGAAGGACGCCUUCUCGCGCAUUCAGGAGAAGCUGGACCGCUUCCUGCACUGAUGCGCGUGUGUGGCGGCCACCGCUGACCCCUCCCGAGGGGAACUCUGUGCCUCUAUUUAUGAUUCACCAACUCCAGUGCCUGCCCCGAGUUAUGUAGAUGCUAAAGGUCCAGCUCCCAGCCACCCUGGCUGCCCCCUGUCUCUCCAGCUUUCCUGAGAGGUCAAUCCUUCCCUUUGUCAGCAAAAGAGAACAAGCCUAUAGCCCUAGUGGA